CUCACACUCCUCAAAACCUAAUCCCUCUCAACUUUUUCAAACCAAACCUCUCUUCUUCUCUCUCUCUCUCUCACUAUGGCGCGUCUUCUCUUCCGUCUCCUUCAAGAAGCCACUCCUCCGUCACCGGUGGAAGUUUCUCCGACGUUAAACUCCGAUCUCAUCGUCAUCAUAGCAGCUCUCCUCUGUGCACUGAUCUGCGUCCUCGGCUUAGUCGCCGUCUCUCGAUGCUCCUGGCUCCGACGUAUCGCCGCCGCUAACUCCGAUCAGAAUCAUCAACCGCCGGUAGCUGCCGCCAACAAAGGCUUGAAAAAGAAAGUUCUCCGAUCACUGCCGAAGCUCACUUACUCGCCGGAGUCUAAGCUAGCCGAGUGUGCGAUCUGUCUGACGGAGUUUACCGCCGGAGAAGAGCUUAGAGUGUUGCCGCAGUGUGGUCACGGUUUCCAUGUAACGUGUAUAGACACGUGGCUUGGCUCUCACUCUUCUUGUCCUUCUUGCCGUCAGAUUUUGGUGGUUGCCAGAUGUCACAAAUGUGGCGGUGUACCCGGUAGUUCGAGCUCAGGAUCCGAAUCUGAUACCCGGGUCAAGCAACGUGAAGAUGAACCUGAUAGCUUCUUGUCUUGAUUCUUUCCUUUUUUAGACUUUUUCUAUUUAUGCAUUACAAUAAUAUGUGAUUGAAAAGUUUUCCUUAUCAUUUUAGAGGAUAAUGGUAAUCUGUCAUAUGUAAAUAUUUGUUUAUUGUAAGUGUAUUAUUACCUGAUGGAAAAGUUAAUGUUAUUGAAUACUUUUCCAUUUUCUAUAUUCAAAGUAAUUAAUUUUUUUGAAGGC